CCGCCGUGUGGUCGUUUACCGACGAUAAAACGGGGUCAGACGUCGAUAUGGCGAGAAACCGCAAAGACCGAGACAGCUGGGGGUCCUUCAGUGACAAAAAUGUGUAUGACUGGAGCUCCGAGGAGGAGGAGCCGGACGGGCGGGCACGGCCCAUCCAGGUGCUGCUUGUCAAGGAUGACCACACCUUCGAGCUGGACGAGGCGGCGCUGAGCCGCAUCCUGUUGGCUGAGAAGGUCAGGGACCACGAGGUGGUGGCCAUCUCUGUGGCCGGAGCUUUCCGCAAGGGCAAGUCCUUCCUCAUGGACUUCAUGCUGCGCUACAUGUACAACAAUGUGUCAGAGGACUGGCUGGGGGAUGCUGAGGAGCCUCUCACCGGUUUCUCCUGGAGGGGCGGCUCAGAGAGGGAGACCACGGGAAUCCAGAUCUGGAGCGAAGUCUUCCUGGUGAACAAACCAGACGGACGAAAGGUGGCGGUACUGCUGAUGGACACGCAGGGCACCUUCGACAGCCAGUCCACCCUGAGAGACUCGGCCACGGUGUUCGCAUUGAGCACCAUGAUAAGCUCCAUGCAGGUGUACAACAUCUCACAGAACGUGCAGGAAGACGACCUGCAGCACUUACAGCUCUUCACAGAAUAUGGCAGGCUAGCCAUGGAGGAGACGUUCCUGAAACCAUUCCAGUCCAUGAUUUUCUUAGUUCGAGACUGGAGUUUUCCAUAUGAGUUUCCCUAUGGACAGGACGGUGGCAUGAAGUUCCUCGAGAAGAGACUCAAGAUCUCAGAGAACCAGCACGAGGAGCUGCAGAAUGUCCGUAAACACAUCCACUCCUGCUUCACAAACAUCUCCUGCUUCCUGAUGCCCCACCCGGGCCUCAAGGUCGCCACUAACCCACACUUCGAUGGGAGAAUCAAAGAGAUUGACAGGGAGUUCAUCAACCACCUGCAGGUUCUGGUCCCCUGGCUGCUGAGCCCCUGCAACCUGGAUGUGAAGGAGAUCAACGGCAGCAACAUCACAUGCCGGGGACUGCUCGAAUACUUCAAAGCCUAUAUCAAAAUCUACCAAGGUGAAGAACUGCCACAUCCGAAGUCCAUGCUGCAGGCCACCGCGGAAGCCAACAACUUGGCUGCAGUCGCGGCUGCUAAGGACUUGUACAACAAGAAAAUGGAGGAGGUCUGCGGGGGCGACCGUCCCUUCCUGGCGCCAAGUGAGCUGCAGGCCAGACACAGCACCAUCAGGGAGGAGGCCCUGCAGGUUUUCCGGGGGGUGAAGAAGAUGGGAGGUGAGGAGUUCAGCCGCCGCUACCUGCAGCAGCUGGAGGCGGAGAUCAACGAGGUUUUUGUCCAGUACAUCAAGCACAACGACUCGAAGAACAUCUUCCACGCUGCGCGCACUCCCGCCGCCCUGUUUGUGGUCAUCUUCAUCAUGUAUGUAGCCGCGGGCAUCACGGGCUUUGUGGGCGUUGACAUCAUCGCCAGCGUGUGCAACAUGAUCCUGGGCCUGGCGCUGAUCACCCUCUGCACCUGGGCCUACAUCCGCUACUCCGGGGAGUACCGCGAGCUGGGCGCCGUCAUUGACCAGGUCGCCGGGGCACUGUGGGACCAGGGAAGCACCAACGAGGCUCUCUACAAGCUGUACAACGUAGCAGCAAAUCACAGACACCUGUACCACCACGCCUUCCCCGGCCCGCAGGUGGAGGAGGUCGCCGAGGAGAGCAAUGGGAAGAGGGACUGAUGGAAGGGGCGAGGGCCGG